GUACGUCUUCAGAUGUAUCAUUCCCGUCAAACUGUCUGGUAACUAUCUUUCCUCUCUGAUAUCCCUCCCGUCUGACUGCCUCGCUGACAGAACUCUUCCCGGAGGUCACUCACUCUUUGAGGCUCUGAAGUUCCACUAUCCCACCUGCUUUUUUUCCCCCAAGGAUAUCAUCCUGCAGCUGACUCAAUGCAGGGAUUGUUUUCUCAGUUGAGUAGUUGGAGGCUGCGGGUGCAUUCGACCUUGACUUAGUAUAUGUGGUUUUGGAAAAGAUUGAGGAAGUGAAAAUAACCUGCGAUGAAGACAUUUGACUCCACGCGGAGCUCCCGUCGCGUAGGGGAAAUUCAAUAGAAACGCGAGACUUGUUCAAUUUUUGGAGCUCAACGAGAAGUUCCGGUUGAACCUCCUUCUGGACCUCUCCUCUAACCUUGCUAAAUGGGCGCUCUGGGCUUCUGCCAGGCGGGUGUCUAUCCGGUCUACGUGCUUUGCUGCCUCCUCGUUACCUACCUCCUCAACCAACUUGAUCGCUAUGUCCUCGCCAUUGUGGUCCUGCCCCUGGCCCAGGAGCUUGAGUUUGGUGAUAGGAGUUGUCUCCCGGUCGACGACGCGGAGAGGGGCGUCUUGCGGCAAUGCCGUAACGCCAGUUCUCAGGAGAGCUGCCUAGCCCUCCAGAAUGAGAACAAGACAAAAUAUUGCCAAUGGAACUAUGAUGGGACUGGAUGGGAAUAUCAGAUCAUCGCUGGACCUGUCUUCGUCCUUAUUUACACCUUCACAGGGAUUUUCACUGGCUUCAUGGCUGACUCUGUGAAUCGGAAGCAUUUCCUGUCAGCCAGUCUCUUUCUCUGGAGUCUUAUGACGUUGCUGAUGGGAUUCGCCAAGCAUUACUGGCAGCUGGUACUGCUGCGCUUUGGGCAAGGGAUCAGUGAGGCUGGAUGCACACCGUUUGCAAUCAGUCUGAUUGUGGACUACUUCCCAAAGGUGAUUCGAGGCUCAGCCAUUGGCUUCUACAACUGGGGGAUCUACGCUGGCUAUAGUCUCUCGUAUGCUGUCGGCAACUAUGUCACCAGGGCCAACAUCCUGGGGCAGGGCUGGAGGUGGUCCUUCUUCCUCAGUGCUAUGCCGGGGUUCAUUGUUUCCGUCGUCCUGCUGCUGACAGUCCGGGAAGUUCCAUCCAGGAAGGGAAGCGACGACAACCCACUCCUUACCACAACGGGAAAGCUCAGCCUCAGACAGAAACUGCUGGAGGGUGUGCGGCCAUUCCUGAAACCUUCGCUCCUGCUCUUCUCUCUUGCUGGCUCCGUCAGGAAUGCAGGAGGGUAUGUUUGGGCCUACAAUACCCAAACGUAUUUCAAUCUGUACUACAAUGGUGUGGACGUGGGCCGCUGGUUGUCAUGGAUACCGUUGGUUGGGGGCUGCAUUGGAGCUGUGGUUGGAGGGUUUAUUUCCGAUCAACUAGUCAAAAAUAGAGGCUUAUAUGCACGUGUCUGGGUCUUGGUCUUCAGUCAGGUAGCAGCAGCUCCCUUUAUCGCUGGGGCCCUUUGGCUGAAACCUCCCUAUGCCUUCCUCUCUUUGAUCCCAUCCAAUGUAAUUGGUGAGAUGGGGAUUGGGGUCGCACUGACUAUCGUUGUGGAGCUGGUCUCACCCGCAGUUCGCACUCCUGUGGUGGCCAUCUACAUCUUCAUCAUUUCCAAUAUUGGUGGGAAUGCCCCGUUGCUGGUCACUCCUCUAACCAGGCAUUGGAAUCUGCGGCUUGCCUUGCUGAUCCUGUGUCCUGGUUUGUACAUCGCUGGGUCCUUGCUAUUCCUCCUUUCCCUCAUUGUAAUCCGCUGGGAACAGAAGAAGGUCUUUGAGGAGGAAUCACGCCCACUGCUGGGAUUUGAUCGUGUGGUCUUUGACCACGGAUCUCUGAGGCAGCUGGAGCUGGAGCUGGAGCUGGACAGCUGAUCAUUUUCCUGGAGGAAUAGUCUAUCAGACCCUGCCUCAAGGAAUGGAUUUCUUGGGGGUUGUGUGCAGGGGUCAGUGCAGUUGUUUUGGGGGAGGGGAGAAUUAGCCUAACGCACAGUAAGCUCUGUCUGAGAUGCUGCAGCGCGAAUCAUACAGCACAAAAACAGGCCCUUCGGCCCUUCGUGAGGAUCCCCUGCUAUGCAGGAAGACGCAAAUUAAUGUAAUGUUAUGUUUAGAAAUGAUUGCAUUAUCAGUGCAGUAAUUAUUUAGAAAUCUGGAGCAAGCUUCAAAUUUCCAGAGAGCAUUUUCUGUAACAGACACAGUAGAUUACCAGCCCAAGGUCAAAAUAACAACUGGCUUUUUCAACCUGUUCUUUGUAUUUGCUGCUACCGCUGGUGACUUCUGUUCUUGCAUCUCCCUGUCUCUCUGCUCGCCCAUGGCUCUCAGUUCCCGAUGACGGGUUGGUGCAGCGGUUAGUGCUGCUUCCUUCCAGCUUCCGGUGACCUGGCUUUGAUCUUGGAUCGACGGCUGGGGUGCAGUGUGCCUGGAGUUUUCCCACUCUCCAUGUGUGUUUCUGCCUCUCACCCCCCCCCCCCCGCCCCUACAAUGAGCUGGUAGGCCAUUUUGUAAAGCUCUGGUGAUCAAAGCACAGUCCUGACUGUGAGAAGUUUGCAUGGUCUCCCUAUGACUGUGUGGAGUUCCUCUGGUUUCCUCCUAUAUCCUGCAGUCUGGUGAAUGGCUCCUUGCAUGUGGGUCAGUGGUAGAAUCUGUAGAGGAGCGGGUGGGAGUAUGGGGAAAGUAAAAUGUGAAUGGAUGCCCUGUCCGUCAGUGUCGCCAUGAUGGGUUGAAGGGCCUGUUUCUGUGCUGGGCGAUCUAUGAUUUAAUUUGUUACUACAGAUUAUCCCUUGGGUUAGCAGAAAGAAUCAAGAGAGAGCGAGUUUUAGGCUCCAGGGGAAUCAGGAGAGGAAGAGAGGACUGAGAGCACCCUGCCGAAUGUAAUAAGUGAACUUUUAUCUGAUAAAGGUCAUCGCUGAACAGCAACAUUGCUUCUCUGCACCGAAUGUUCCCGUCCCAGUGAGGGAAAGUGCUGGAGUUAUCUGCUGUUGUGUCUGCUGCCUGCUGCCUGCUGCCAGUGUUAAAAAAAUCAGUUUUCCUGAAUUUUAUUGUUUGACUUGGAUCUCAAAUAUUAAACUUGUUUUGCUGGCUCUGUCACAAGUGGCCACUCAAACCUCUCCCCCGCGUGUUGUAGUCAUUAGCUGAAUGAGUUGAAAUCGCUUGUUGAAUGAUCCUGUAUGGCUCUCGCAAGUAAAACAAACUGGGACGGUCUGACAGUCAGACUCUGUGGAUCAGAUUUAUCAUCACUGACUUUAUGACGCAAAUUUUGUUCUGCAGCGAUGGUACAGUGCAAAGAUAUAAUAUUACUAUAAA